AACUUCCCCCCGCGCGUAACGUGUUGCUCGCUGGCAGCGUCCAGCAGCCGAGUGCGCGCUGUCUCUCUCUCUCUCGCUGUUGUUGUUGCUGCAGCAGUAGCAGCAGCAGCUUUGGGCUCUCACAGGUGGGGGAAGCGGGGAGACCCCUCCCUCGUUCCAGAAGCGUCCGCUCCCCUCGCUCUCCUUCUCGGCGCUCUGGCGGGAGGGCGACGGCGUGGGCGGCGACGGCGCGGAGCGAGUGACUGAGGAGGGCGAGAGGCGGCGUCCGGGCUGGGGGCGGAUAUUUUGAGCCGCGUCGGGCGGGCACCUCAGAGCGGCAGCGGCGGGUGCAGCCAGGAGGGUCACUCUGGCGCUCUGCCUGAGGUGUCGCUUGGUCGGCCGGGGAGGCAGCCUCCCCUCGGCUCUGCCGCCACCUCCAUGGACGAGCACCUGAGCCUGCUGCGCUCGCCGGCCGCCCUGUCCUCCGGCAGGCACCCGAGGGGCGGCAGCAGCGGCGGCGGCGCUGGCGUCGUCGUCGCGGGCGUCGUCGCCGUGGGCAGCAGCCACCACAACUUGGGCUACAGUGAGCAGUUCUUCCCCGAAGGCGCGCUCUCGGGGCCCGGGGAAGGGCAGGAAGACGACGAGGAGGCCGUCGAGGAGGACGUGGGCGACGGGGAGCUGGAGGGGGGCAUGACCGUGGUGGGGGGAGAGGACCCUCUGCUCGAGGAGACCCAGCACCCCCAUGCCCUGCUGGGAGGAGAGCGCUACGACCACCCCUCGAUGGCCCACACCCUGCCUCCCCCUGGCCAUCACCAGGUGGGCAGUGGGGGGGACGCCGGGGAGCACGAGUGUUGCGAGCGGGUGGUGAUCAACAUCUCUGGUCUGCGCUUCGAGACCCAGCUCAAGACGCUCGCCCAGUUCCCCGAGACCCUGCUGGGGGACCCCCGCAAGAGGAUGCGCUACUUUGACCCCCUCCGCAAUGAGUAUUUCUUUGACCGCAACCGACCCAGCUUUGAUGCCAUCCUAUACUACUACCAGUCCGGAGGCCGCAUCCGGCGCCCUGUCAACGUCCCCAUUGACAUCUUCUCAGAAGAAAUCCGCUUCUACCAGUUGGGCGAGGAGGCCAUGGAGAAAUUCCGAGAAGAUGAAGGUUUCAUCCGUGAAGAGCAGAGACCUCUGCCCGAGAAGGAGUUCCAGCGCCAGGUGUGGCUCCUCUUUGAGUACCCGGAGAGCUCUGGACCAGCUCGGGGCAUUGCGAUUGUCUCAGUCUUAGUUAUCCUCAUCUCCAUUGUCAUUUUCUGCCUGGAAACCUUGCCUGAGUUCAGAGAUGACCGUGACUAUGACAGCACCACAGGGACAUUUGGGACCAGUGGUGGACCUUUCGUGGCAGAUAUCUUCCCAAAUUCCUCUUCUCCAGCAACCUCCAUGGUGUCCUCUUUCACUGAUCCUUUUUUUGUGGUGGAGACUCUGUGCAUUAUCUGGUUCUCCUUUGAGCUGCUUGUCCGUUUCUUUGCUUGUCCCAGCAAACCCACCUUCUCCAAGAACAUUAUGAACAUAAUUGACAUUGUGGCUAUUAUUCCUUAUUUCAUCACCUUGGGCACUGAGCUGGCCGAGAGGCAGGGCAAUGGUCAACAAGCGAUGUCUCUGGCCAUUCUCAGGGUCAUCCGGUUAGUCAGAGUCUUCCGUAUAUUCAAGCUCUCUCGGCACUCCAAGGGGUUGCAGAUCUUGGGGCAGACCCUCAAGGCCAGCAUGAGGGAGCUGGGCUUGCUCAUUUUCUUCCUCUUCAUUGGAGUUAUCCUCUUUUCCAGUGCCGUCUACUUUGCAGAGGCUGAUGAUCCCACGUCCAGCUUCAGCAGUAUCCCUGAUGCCUUUUGGUGGGCUGUAGUGACCAUGACUACAGUGGGUUAUGGUGACAUGCACCCAGUCACUAUUGGGGGCAAAAUAGUAGGGUCUCUCUGUGCCAUAGCUGGGGUGCUGACCAUUGCCUUGCCUGUGCCCGUGAUAGUCUCCAACUUUAACUACUUUUAUCACCGAGAAACGGAAGGUGAAGAACAAGCCCAGUAUAUGCAUGUAGGAAGCUGCCAGCAUCUCUCCUCCACUGAGGAGCUGAGGAAAGCUCGGAGCAAUUCGACUCUCAGCAAGUCAGAGUACAUGGUGAUAGAAGAGGGAGGCAUCAGCAACAGUGCAUUCAAACAGGCUGCCUUCAAAACAGGCAACUGUACAGCCACAAACAAUCCAAACUGUGUGAAUAUUAAAAAGAUCUUUACGGAUGUUUAAAAGACACCUUUCAAGGAUAUAUAAAAAUAUUACAGAAGGUCUCCGUAAUCAGUAUUGUGAGGAACAUGCACCAUCGUCAUUCUUUGUGCUCUUGUUUAAUACAUGUACUUUUCUGAUCCUUCUUUCUGAAGAUGGGCAUUUUUAGAAGAAUUCCUCUGCCUUGGGACUCCAGAUGCAAACUUCAACUCUAAGCCUGAAACCACAGCUGCAAGGAAAAAGCACCCCACAAGAGUACAGCCAGAGCAUAUGGAACAAAAGAAGCUGCAAACUGCAGACAAACAUUCCAGUCCCUACAAUGGACAGUUUUCAAGCAUACAGAAAUCCUGCAAGAACGCAAAGACAACAGCCUUGAUUCUUCUGUGUUGCUGUCAGAACUUAUACCUGCCACUGAUAUGGUUUAAUAAAAGCUGGGAUGUUGUGAAGCUGUGUUUCAGCUUUGUCUGUUUUCUCAUGACGGUUGGCAGUUUCUGAAACAAGACGCAAAUGAAACACAGCUAUCCAUUGCUUUGCACUUUCCUGAUUUUUGCAGUGUCGUUUUUCAGACAGAUAACAGAAGAUGUCUCAAUAAGUGCAACAGAAUGCCACCAACCUCUUAAAUACUUACUAAAAAGAACCACAGACACCAGGAAGAAGUCACUAAUUAUACUAUAGCAUCGUGCACCGAACAGAAGGAUGGUCUGCCCUCUUGUGUCUCAGUAUUUUAACUUGUAGUUGUAUAACAAGUUCUAUCUCUCUGUGUUUUCUGACAAGUGCAUUAUGUAGAAAUGAACAUCUUUCAUGUUGUAAGAUAAAACCAAACGCAAUAUUAAAAGAAAGAUCAAAGCUGGGGGAAAGGGGCACAAUUAUGUGGAUGUUAUUUCUGCCUUUAUAAAAUCUCAUGCAAGCUUCAGUGACUAAGAACAAAACUUCAAAUGAGCUGCUAAUAAACAUUCCAAAUGUGUUGAUUGUAAAAUAUUCAUCUGUUUUGUACAGUUUUAUUUUGGGCUGUGAUGAGAAAUGAAUCAUCAUUCUGUGUUUUUUUAAAAUGAGUCGUCCCCCCCGUUCAGUGUUAUUUAUAAAGUGGUACCUUUGUUACAAAAAGCUUUCCUACUUAUUUUAGCCUUUGUGUACGAGGAGAAGUGAUGCUGAUUUAAACGAAUCCUCAAAGGAUUUUCUGAACUGUUAAGUUUAAAUUUUGUGCCUUGUUUUGAAGCAUUUAUUUAAAGAAGGAUACUGAAAGGCAUAUGUGUUUGUUAGCAAAGAAAUACAUAUCUCCUCUUAAAUUGUAAGUGCAAUUCUUUGCAUGUUUACUCAGAAGUUAGUCCCAUUGAAUUCACUGGGAUUUCCAGUAAAUGUGUAUUGGACUGCAGCCUGUAUUUCAUUAAUAUUCAUGUAUAAAGGUAUAAUAAAAGAGAUAUGGACAGAUUGCUUAACAACCACAGGCUUAUCACCAAGUUGGGAAGGAUUAAGAGCAUCUGGUUAAAGCAUAGCACAAGUCUCUAGAGCCGCUUUGAGGGUCAUACAGAGUCUUACUGGUUGUGGUCAUGAUAGUGAGCUCCAUGGGCAAUUACCAAGUGUUGUCAAUGAGCACAUAUUAUUAUGGUCAGCUGAGCUCUGCUCUAGUGCAAGCUCGCUUGAAAACAAGUAGGGCGUAGUGCAUUACAGCUGAGGGGAGCAAUAGAGAAUUGUUUAUAUAGGGUUCCAGUCUUUUACAGCUAGUAGGGCUGGGAGUUAAUAUCGAUAGAUCGUCUAAAACUGGUUUGAAGUCCAUAUCAUGAUAUUGGUUUCAUAAUUUUGACCUGGCAAUAUAUCAUGAAUCACAAUGUGUGUGCAUGCGCGAUGCAAAAAUCACAACGUGGGAAGAAGCUUGAAGCCAGCAAAUGCCUCUACAUAACUCCAUCCUUAUUUCAGACAUUAUAUCAGUAUAUCGGUAUAUGGCUAUGUUUAGCUGGUGAUGUAUUGAUGUAGAAAACCAGAUAUCGCCCAGCCCUAACAGCUAGUUAUUAAUGUGUAGCCAGCAAUGUUAAAUUAUGAACUGAAGCAACAGGGAGUGCAACAGGCAUGCGUUUCACACCCCAGCUGCUCUGAAGGGACCAAAAUGGGUACCUUAGCAUGCAGCAGUAGUGAAACAAAGUGUAUUUCUUUGUUCCAGUGAUAACCUUCUAUCGGUGGACCUUUCCAGAAGAUGUUUUGUUUGCACAAGGAUAAUCUCGUAGCUGUUGCCCACCUAGUUCCAGUUUGGGUUUGUUCUUGCCCUUUUGUACUGGGAGGGUUAGAGUUGCCUUGCUGCAGGAAAGGAAAGCCAAAAUCUGCACAUAUUAAGAGAGAUGAGCACAGUAGUGCUUGGCAGUGGGAGGGGAAAUCUCUCCAAUGGGACGUCAGAGGUGGCACCUGGCAGGUGCUCACAACAUUAACACACGACACCUAAGCCCAUAUGUUUUUAUAUUAACAUUUUAUUAUGUUUUGACAGGAGAGUGACACAAAUCGCUGAAGCAUCAUUAGUAGCAAAUGACAGGUUCAGCAUUUCUUAGGCAAACAGACCCCCCCACCCAGUGCCCCCUGACCUGAAUAUGGCAAAUUUAAGGAAAGAGAAAGAAGAAAGGAGGAACUUUGUCAAAAAAUUGUUGACAACCAGUGCCUAGUUAGAGAAAAUGAAAUGAUUCCCAAAGGAGUGAACAGUCUCAGAAUUAGCCCUCCUGCCACAACAAAUUUGUUUUUUAGUAGACAGAUCUCAAAGAUCCUCAGCCCUAUGCUCUCUCUUUGAAGGUUAUGACUUCUAAAACUGCAGCACAAUUCAUUUUGCCAUUAGUGAUAUGCUAGAAAUUUAAAGCACAGCAGGUUUUGGAAGUGCCAAGAUGAAUAUGGUGAUUAAAUAAACACCAGAGCUAAAAAGACUUUAGUUCUAUCAUUUUCCCAAAUAAAGACUCAAUAAUGGGGCACUUUUGCAUGUGUUUUUAGACCUGGCAAGGGUUUCCACUCCUCCAGCACAUGGUUGUGCCUGCAUUGCAUUUUCUCAACAGCUCAAUACUGCCAUCUGAAUGCAGGGAAAAGUUAUUUUCUAGGAAAAUGUGUUCACUGAAAAUAAUAAUCUAGAUUCCUCCAGUUGAUGGGCAGCCCAAUUGUGUAUUCUUCGUGCAAAAUAUCUGGAAGGGUCCCCUAGGAACAAGAGGAUGAAAUGCUACACGGGCUCAGGUAAACAAUGUUCCUUUUGGAAUAUGCUAAAGCUAGUUCCAAGGUUAGAUAUUCAGAAUUAAAAUGCGUAGCUUUGAAUUUCUUUGCCAAAGUUUAAUGCCAGCUGAAGGAUUUGAAAUUGGUAUUUGACUUUUGAAAUUGGUAUUUGUUCUCCUAAACCACCAAUAUUUGAAUUGCAGCAUAAGAAGUGGUAGUUAAAUGACAGACGGCAUCUUUGUAGUCAGUGCAAAACUUCCAUUGAGCUUGAUGGAUUCUGUACUAAGCUUUUUAACCAUGUCCUAAAUAUAAGAGAAUCAACACUGUUAAUAAACAUCAAUGCAUCAAGAAA